GCUGCCACAGCAACGGGAAAGCGGAAUGGAGAGCUGCGUGGAGGCGCGCCCACCACGUGCCCUUCCACCAGUGCCGAGUGCCAAAACCAAAGAUGUACCUAUAAACAAAACUAGAAAGAAAAAAUCCCGAGCAAGCAAUGGAGUGGAUACACUGGUGAGCUCAACAGGACGGCGCCAUUCUGACAGCAUAGAACCCCUUACUCCAGAUCUUCAGGAUACUGCUCCCCAGAAGAAAAAGAAGAAGAAAAAGUUACUGGCAGAGGCUGAAUUGGAAACCUCCUUCAGCCAACGUAAUGCCUCUGACGUGUGCAAUUUAUACACUGGGCCAGAUGAUGAAGUUUCCCGGAAAAUCAAGAAGAGAGCCAAGAAAGCUCGGCCGGUUGAUCACAGCAAUGACCUUGAAGUGGAGGAGGAGGACAUUAUCGGUGACGGGCAGGCUCCCCGACCCCAAGGUCCUAUUUUUUCCAUAACAGCUGGUUCCAGCCAGCCUGUGGACAAAGUGUUUCUUGAACGAAGCCGUCGGUUUCAGGCCACAGACAGGACAGAGAUGCAGAAAGUUCCUGAGUCAAUCGAUGUAUACAUGGAGGUCAAGUCCAUCUUGACAACCAGAGAUGUCUCUUUACAGGCACACCGUGGAUUCAGGAUAAUCGGGCUUUUCUCACAAGGGUUUCUUGCCGGAUACAUGGUGUGGAAUAUCAUCGUAGUUUAUGUGCUGUCGGGUAACAAUUUCUCUGCACUCCCAAAUCUACUGCAACAGUACAGCAUGCUAGUCUACCCGGGCCAGUGUCUCCUGUACAUGCUGCUUGCCAUCAGUACUGUCUCUGCAUUUGACAGGGUUAACAUAGCUGAUGUACCAAUGGCAAUGCGUAGAAUUGUGACACUGGAUCCUGCUGCACUGGCUUCUUGCUUGUACUUCACAGCUCUGAUACUCUCACUGAGCCAGCAGAUGCCUAGUGACAGGCUUAACAGAUACAGGUUCCAAAUUGCAAAAGACUCCAAUAACACCCUUUGGCCUUCCGGAUCAGAGUUUCAAAUUCUUCACCCUUGGAUUGUAGUGAACCUGGUAGUGACCAUCUUGGUUGCACUGGCCUGGAUCUUUCUGUCAUAUCACCCAAUGCUUGACUACACUGAAGAAUCGGAGUUUGGACCACACAUGAAUGACGUGGUUGAACCUGAUAAAAUCAAAGCGCAAGCAUAAAAUGGUGUAUGGAACAUUAGAUCUGAAUGGUCUGACAACAGGGUCCUUUUGUAUAGCUCUCUGUGAUAAAAUUAUGGGGUACAGAUGUCCAUUCAUAUGUUUUACCCCAAAGACAACCUCCAAACAUGUUGCGUUGAAGUUGAAAGCAUGUCCACAUCAAACAUUAUAGCUCUCCGUUGUCCAAUAUGAGAAAUAGUACCGUAGAUGUCAGCAUAUAAGUGGACCUUUGAAGCCUCAAGUCCCUCCAAAAAUGGGGGUUGACUCUUACAUCAAGUAUACAAGAGAACCACCGACAUGGGCACGGGUGUGGAUGGUUGUCAUCCGCCACAUACCCUGCUCUGUGUGGCUAUGUCUUAAACUUCCAUGCAUCAUCACAACACAGCUGUAUCAGCUCCUUUAUCCCUUGCACCUACUAAAAGGUGCCAGUAAACGAAACAUUCAUUUAGUGGUGAAAAACUGAUGCUGACUACUAAUGCGAGUAUGGCAUUUUGCUGAUAAGUGAGACAGGUGGUCGACCUAUCCGCCGAGUAUAUCAAAAACAUGGUUUUUGGGGCUAAAGAAAUGGGGUCAUCUUGUAAUGCUGGGUCAACUUAUACACCACGAUCUACGGUGAUAUUAGUGGAUUGGGUGUCGAGUAGAGCUACACACUGUCAUUAGUACCAGGCACCGCGUUCAGAUGCAGGUCGGGCUGAUGGAAUGGGAAUCUGUUUUGCCAGUAUCAGUCCAAUUUUUUGUAGUGCUACCAUUUAAAACUGCACGAGCUGCUACCAACUUUGUCAUCUUCGAGAAGUUAUCAGAACAGCUUGUGUGCGGAAAAUGGUUAAAAAUAUCACAUUGAUGCAAUAAGGGAGACAGUUCUGAGACUGGAAUGAAGAACGUUUUUAGGACACUGUAACUCUCAUGUUACCUGCCCCGGGAAUGUCUGAUGGGGACAGUGUAGAGGGAGCCUUACUCUGUACCUAACCCUGUGCUCUUCUUGCCCUGGGACUGUUAGAAGGAACUUUACUCUGGAUCUCACCCAUACUAUACUGCCCAAUGUUCAGUGGGACAAUGUAGAGGGAACUUUACUUUCGAUCUAAUCUGCCACAAAUGUGAAAGUCCUUCCACAUUCCCCAGCAAAGUUAGUAGAAGGUACAGAACCCAAUGCUGAGUGACAGUUUAAGUAGCCUGCCCUUCUCAAAUGUGCUUUGGCAGCUCCCUAAUAGAGAAAGUGGAAUGAGUUGAGGCUCAGAGUAGGAGAGAGAAGCAGAAAGCUGCUAUCUUCAAUACCUACCUCAAGUGAGUGUGUCGGCAGCUGGUCACAGCAGGAGUGAUAGUUGCCAGGGGGCAGUCCACAUGUUAGACUAAGGAGCUAGGGAAGUUCCAUUGCCUUGAGGUCUCUGAAUAGGGAGAAUGAUGCAGCAGGUUGCAGUACAGCAUGCCCCUUAUAAAGUCCAGCUGAAUCGCCCAGCCUCUGAGCCCCAUUCACUUUUGAAUAUGAAUCAUCUAUUUUGAAUGAAAAGAAUUUGUCUUCAAAAUGACUUCUCAGAUGGAUUCUCCUUUGGGGCUAUCUUGGCCAUAACCAUUAAACUGCAGGGCCGUGCCCCCAGACAUUCCCAUAUACCUCUAGUUACUGAUAUCAACAGAGCUUGAGAUUGUGAUUUAGAAUUUAUCCACCAGUGUUAGGAACAGCUACCCUUCCAAACCUCCAGGCCCACUAAGUUACUGCAAGGAAAAACGGUAAAUAAUAUAGGCAACACAUAGGACUGAGCAAUCUGGCUGAAUAGCUGAGAGUCUGAUUUAGUCCAGCGGUUGCUUUUGAAUUUCUUAUUGUUGGAAACUGUCAGCCGUGGCUCAGUUCUUUGUACAUUCACUUGUGAGUCGGAAGGUCAUGGGUUUGAGUCCCACCCCAGAAACUUAAGCUGAUACUUCAGUGCAGUACUAAGGGAGCGCUGCACUGUCAGAGGUGCCUCUUUUUGGAAUAGAUGUGGAACUGCCCUCUCAGGUGGUCUUGAAAGAUCCCACAGUAUAUUGAAAGAAGAGUAGGGAGUUCUCCUAGUCAACAUUUCCCUCCCAAUUGACAUCACAAACAAAUUGGCCAUUUAUCUUCUUAAUGCUUGCUGUGCACCAGCUGGCUGUUGUGUUUUUUACACUACAACAGUGACUUUAAUUCAAAAGUACUUAAAUGGCUUUAAAGCUCUGUGACUCCCUGAGAUUGUAAAUGCAAGUUCUCGUGUCUCUCCCAUUUUUGUUUGAAAUAUGCGCUGUACUAUCACGACAAAACAAAGCAUUUGAAUUAAAAUAUUAAUCCUUUGUGAUUU